AGUCUAGUGUAGUCUAGAAAGAAAGAAAUGGCUCCUCCUCCUCCUAAUAAGCAAAUCUACUACUACUCAUCCCCCAUUAAUGUCUCUGCAGCUUAUUGCCUAAUUUUAAUAAUGUCAUCGUCUCUGAUCUCUCAAUCCCAUAGCUCCUCGCCGGAUAAUGUUGAUGAUGAACCCCCCGCCGCCGCCGGUUCUUCCGACGAGGUUAGUUUCCGGCGGCCUACGACGGCAUUCGAUGAGGAAUAUUUGGAUGAUGGAGAGAGAGUUAGUGUGUCCUUGUACUACGAGUCCCUCUGUCCCUACUGCGCAAACUUCAUUGUUCAUAAGCUGGUGAGGUUGUUUACCACAGAUAUUGGGUCCAUUGUCAAUCUCAGGCUCAUCCCUUGGGGUAACACCCAAACAACCACUAACAACGCCGCCUGGAUUUGCCAGCAUGGCAGUGAUGAGUGUCUGCUGAAUCUAGUGGAAGCCUGUGCCAUCAGUUCAUGGAAUAAUAUGGAGGUGCAAUUCAGGCUGGUAUAUUGCAUAGAGCGUUUGCAUCUAGAGAACAGACAUAGUGAAUGGGAAUCUUGCUUUUCUGGAACGGGAUUGAGUGAGGCUCCAGUUAGGGAUUGCUUAAGCAAUGGAGUUGGAACCUUUCUAGAGGAGGCAUAUGGUGCUGAGACAGCUAAUCUUAACCCCACCCACAGGUUUGUGCCAUGGCUUGUGGUGAACAAUCAGCCUCUUCAAGAAGAUUAUGAAAACUUUGAAUCAUAUAUCUGCCGAGCGUACAUGGGAAGCAGAACUCCAGAGGCUUGCAAGCAGUCAUUAUCAUCCGCAGUCAAUAUGGUCAAGAAAACGAGCAGCACCCCUCCUCGGGUCUGUGUUCGGGAAUAACAUGUUCUAGACUUGUUUUUUACGGAGUAUUUUUUUGAGUGAUAUGCGAAGUACUCCCACCGUCCCCCUAAGAUGUUCUCAUUUUGACUUGUGGUUGUUAAGGAGAGUGUAAAACGGGUGAAAGUUUACCAUAAUAUCCUUAAUGAAAUAUGGAUGGAGUGUAUUAAAUGAGGUGGGUGAGGUGUAAUAAAUAAAGUAAGUGGGG